GCAGCAGUCUAGUAAGGGGGGCUCCUCUGGUGACUGACGCCGCGGCCAAUAGAAAAGGCGCAUCCCUUCCCCCCCUUUUUUUUCUCUUUCACUCCUCCCCCCUCCCGAGAGCGGUGCAGCCGAGGAAAGCGAGAGAAGCCCUUGAUAGAGAAUUCCUGCUCCUCCCUCUCUCUCCCGGGCGUAGUGUACAUGACUUUUGCCGGACCGACAAGCAGCCUAGGCGGAGGGCACUGGCGCGGCUGAGUGUGUGUUCUCAGCUCAUUAUUGCUAUGUCAUCCGCCACCAUAGCCGCCUCCCGGAGACAGUCGUGUUACCUGUGUGACCUGCCCCGCAUGCCAUGGGCGAUGAUCUGGGACUUCACCGAGCCCGUGUGUCGGGGGUGUGUGAACUACGAGGGAGCGGAUCGCAUCGAGUUCGUCAUUGAGACAGCUCGGCACCUGAAGCGGGCUCAUGGCUUCCAGGAGGGGAGGUCCCCGGGGCCCCCCAGCUCGUCCUCCUCCUCGGUGAAACCUCCUCAGCACGGUGGCAAGGAGAUGGCGCAGAUAGGACACCAGGUGGGGGGGCCGGAAGGUGUCUCUAGGUCCUCUCAGCAAUGUAUGGAUCGUUACCCGCUGGUGGGAGACAGGCCACCGCCCCGCCUUGCCUCGGAUUAUAACGUCGGUAGGCCGGUCAAUGGCAUCCUUCUUCCCAAUGGCUUCCCUAAGCCUGAGGAGCCGCCGGAGCUGAACCGCCAGAGCCCUAAUCCUCGCAGGACUAGUGCGGUGCCCGCUUCCCUGGGCGCCCUAAUGAAUGGCUCUCCGAUGGGGGUCAGGCCUCCUCCAAUGGGGAUUAUCUCUGGGGAUAAGAGAUCCGGAUCGGUGUCCAGCACCGAGCAUGAUUCCAAGGACAAGCACCGGGCGGAUAGUUACUCCGAGCUGGGAGACAACCACAAGGAAUGGAUCAGCAAGCCCAAGACGGUGAGGGACACGCUGAUGGCCAUGCAGCACAACCACUCGCCCUUCGACACCAAAUUCAAGAAGGAUCCGGCUAGGGCUAUGGGUUACGAGGCCGGCAACCCCGCAUCCAAAUCCGGUGCCCGUGCAGCUCGGAAACGAAAGACCUCUCCAGAGCCUGAAGAAGGGGGUUCUGUUAAAAUGAAUGGUGAAGGACAGUCGUGGUUGCCUACAGCAGAUGGUCUUAAGAUUUCUACAAUGACAGGUUCUUCAUUCAUAUCCCCACCUGCAACGGUUUCUCCUCAUUCCAACCGCACCACACCACCUGAAGCUGCACAAAAUGGCCAGUCUCCAAUGGCUGCCUUAAUACUGGUGGCUGACAAUGCUGGUGGUAGCCAUGCCUCUAAAGAUGUCAACCAGGUUCACUCUACAACUAGGAGAAACAGCACCAGUCCACCUUCACCUUCCUCUAUGAACCAAAGAAGAAUGGCUCCAAGGGAAGUUCCAAGCCAACUUUCUGGUGGUGGAACCUCUUCCCAUACGGGAAUGGAACAAGUGCACCCCCAAAGCAUUCCUGAUUCUUCCAUACCAAACAGUAUACCACUGUGUUGCACUCUAUGCCAUGAGCGUCUUGAGGACACACAUUUUGUGCAGUGCCCUUCAGUACCUUCUCACAAAUUUUGCUUUCCAUGUUCAAGGCAAAGUAUUAAACAGCAAGGAUCAUCAGGUGAAGUGUAUUGUCCAAGUGGGGAAAAAUGUCCCCUGGUGGGAUCAAAUGUACCAUGGGCAUUCAUGCAGGGAGAAAUUGCAACAAUUCUUGCUGGAGAUGUCAAAGUGAAAAAGGAGAGGGACUCUUGACUGUACAAUUUAAUUUUUUUAUUUUUUAUUUUUUUUUGCUUUAUAGCCACCAUAAUCUUACUAAACCUCUUACAGUGUGUUUUUGUGUGUGUGAUAUGUUGGAAAUAUAUAUUUACACACACAACGUAUAGACUGCUUAAACAUCGCUGUAUACUUCUUAAUUUCUGAAUACAUUGUGUUUUUGUUUGGGUUUUUUUUUUUUUUUUUUCUUCCUUUCCUGAAAACAAAGGUAUGUGAUGAUCAGAAAGGUAUUCUUAAUGUUAUAUUUGCAAGUGUUUGUUCUUAUACAGUGACAGUUACUGUUCAGUGUAGGCUGUGACUUGAGAUGCUUUUUAGAGCAUUUGGAAAAACAGAUAUGCUUUUAGCUGUAUUUGUAUGCACUUGUUAAAAAUGCCAAAUACAUUUUAUGACAUUGUAAAUUGUCUCUGGUUACUCAUUUUCUUUGAGAUUAAGCUUUUUUUUAAUUGUAAAAUCUAUUGAUGUAAUUUUGAACCACUCGGUGAUGUUUAUUAAAAAAAAAAUCUUGUUCACCAAA